AUGAAUGCUAAAAGACAGAUCAUGGAUAAGAAAGCCAACUUUUUGAGGAUUUCAUCCAUUCAAACUGAAUAUGAGAAAAUCCUGAAAGAUUAUUCAGAUUUUCUUACCACUGCUGAAAACAAAUUAAAAAUAAAGAAGGUGACCGUGCGAGACUUUGACCAUUUGAAGCAGCAGCUUGGAACCUAUAAGGAUUUUUUCAGCGACAUGGAGAGUUACCAAGUUUUGCUUGAUUCACUGGUGAAAAAUUGUAGUGAGGGUGUCCGUGAACAAUACAGAUCUGAACAUGCAAGACUCAGUGAUUGCACUGACCAUGUUCAAGGCUUAGCAAAUCUCCACGGUCAGCAGCUUAGCUCUUAUGUUAACCAGUGGAAUGACUUCAACACUCAAUUUGACAAGAUGAUGUUGCAGAUCAAAGAGAUGAAUAAACGCUGUCAUUCUUUAUCUGCUGAUCUAGACAGUGGUGUGAAUUUGUCAGCUGCCAAGGAUAUCAUCAAAAACUGCCAAGAGACCCAGGAACAAUUGACUCCAGAUGUGUUCCAAACUCUGGACCAGGGAAAACAGAUAUUGCAUAAUGUAAACAGUGCAUCUUUGGAAGCUCAAGUUACAACAUUAGCUAAUGAAUGGAGCCAGUUGCAUUUUUUCACUUCUGAACUCUCUAAAAGGCUUGAAGAAGUCUAUGACAAAACUGAACAAUACAAAAAUCAAAUGGCCAUCUGGUCAACAUGGUUGGAAAGAAGUAAAAUUAAUCUAGCUACUCUCAGGAAUCUGCAGGAAGAUGAUGCUUCAAAUAUUUCUGUCAUCCGCAACAAAAUGGAGAAAUUAUUGGAAUUUCGAAAAGAUAUCGACAGUGAAGCUGUUGGAAAGAACAAAUUGAUUUUCAUUGGCUCCAGACUGCAAAACAGUCACCCUGCCAUUGCUGCAAAGAUGAACAUUAAUGUGGACCAAAUUGAAGAACAAUGGGCAGAACUCAAGCAUGACAUUGGCCGAGCUGAACAGACAUUACACCAAGCACAGAUGGAACUUUUGCCCUCAAGACAGGCCCUGAAUGAACUGAUCACAUUUAUUAAUAAGCUGCAAAACGUCUUUAAGGAAGACAAGAAGAAACCGAUCAACAAAAUGAAUAAAAUUGGCCCCAUGCUUAAUAAAUAUAAGAAAUUCAAAAUUGAGAUGGAAAACAAAGCAUUAACCAUGGAUUUUGUUAACCAGUGUGUGCUGAAGCCAAAUGAUGAUGAUGAUGAUUCUGCUAGUGCACUGGAAGAGAAAAAAGAUUUUGCCAGGCGAUUAUCUAAACUGCAACAAGAUUGGGCCAAAGUCGAAGAACAGCUCAAUAGCCAACUUAAUGGUCUGUCUUUAUUUGAAGACAAAUGGGAAGAAUUUGACCAGUUCCAGAAGAACCUUGCCAAUUGGUUUUCAGAUAUGGAGGAAAAAAUUAAAAAGAGAGAUAUAAUUGGAAUGGAGGUCAAUGUUAAACAUACUCUCAAAGAAUGUCAGAUACUACAAGAAAAAGCUGUUGCCAAGGAAUCAGAUAUUGACCACUUAAAGGCUCUUGGAAAUCAGUUACUGGAAUUGGAAUUAGCACCUACAGGAAGUCAAAAAAUUGUUAAAGAAAAAGUUGAUAGUAUGCAAAAGAAAUGGCAAGCAGUUUGUAAGCACCUCCAACAACAAAUGAAACAUCUCCAGGGUGUCUUGGAGAAAUGGAAUGAGUUCUCCACAGAGAAAGCUUUCGUUUUAGACUUGCUGGCAAAGCUUGAGUAUUAUUUAAGCAACCACAGUAAUUUUAUACCUGGAAAUUAUUAUUCAAUCAAGAUGCAACUUUCGAAGAUGAAGGCCCAGUCUGAAGAGAUCCAACAAGAAUCAAAGAAAAUGGAACAUCUGACAAAAUUAUCCACUGAACUUUGUCAGGUCUGUGAGACUCCCAUAAAACAGGACAUUCAGAAAAGCACCAGUAAUAUUCAAAACAGAUGGAAGACAUUGACUCUUCAGCUUAAAGAACAUAUUGAACUUCUGGAAUAUCUUGUUGAACGCUUGAAAAUCUACAAUGAAAAAUACCAGGCUUUCAGUGAGGAACUUGCUCAUAUGGAGAAAUCUUUAGAUGAUAUGGUAUUUAACUAUGACAACAAUCAGGUUGAAAAGUAUUGGAAAGAAAUACAGGAUCUCCAAGAUAAAUUAGACAUCUUCCAAUCAAAACUGUCUGAGUUAUAUCAGUUGAGUGAUGACAUGGGACCCAACUUGGAUACAGUAUCUGUGGUGAAUAUAACUUCUCAACAAGCCACUUUGGAGGAAAGGCUUCUUCUACUUAGGCACUCAGCUGACCGAUUCCACCAACAGAUGACUGACAUUAGGCUGCAGCUAAAAAACUUUGAGCAGUCUUUGGAGAACAUCAGUUCUUUCUUGCAAAGAGCUGAGACAAUUCUACAGAACACAAACAUUCAGGAAGUGCAGUCUUUGUCAGCAGAAGAGGCUCUGCCCAGAGAAACCUUAAUCCAGUUCAAAGAGCUUCUUGUUGAGUUUAAUGUCAAUGCAACUUCACUUGACAGUCUCAAUGAACUUGGCUAUCGAAUGGCACUUGACACAGAAAAGGUGCAACAGUUGCAAGACUUAAACCACAAGUGGUACCAGCUGCAGUCCUGUGUUCUUCAACAUUGCCACUGUCUGCAAGACAGUGUACUGCUGCAUCAGAACUUUACGGAAAAGUGUACUGCCUGGAUGUCACACUUGGCACAGAUUGAAAAUCUCCUUGCUGAAGAUAUUGGAGGAAGUUUUGAAGAACUCCUCAACCAGCAAAAGAAAUACCAGACUUUAACAUCAGAACUCACAAACAAGCAACAACUUCUUCAUGCAAUAAUUGCUGAUGGUCAGAAAAUGCAAACAGUUGGCGAUGCAACUGACUCUGAUUUCGAAAACAAUCUCAAGCGUCUUUCGAUGCAAUGGCAGAAUGUUGUAAAACGCAUUAACCAGAGGAAAACAACAGUGGACAACUUGAUAAGCACAUGGAAGAAUUUCAAUGACCAGAUCCUCUGGUUUGACCGAUGGCUUGAAGAUAAAGAAUCCACACUGCGAGCGCUUGAUAUUGAUAUGGCUUCAAUGAGAUGCAAGCUAAACAUCAUGGAAAAAGUGAAGAAUAUUGAGAAUGAAUUCAAAAUGCAAGAUGACCGUUAUAACUCCAUUCUUGAUGUCAGCCAGAAAUUGCUUCAAUAUACAAGUGGUGAACCAGAGACUAAUCUGUUAUUCCGAUUGAAAAACCUCCAAGACAAACGUGCAUCUGUCAUCGGGGCUCUUGACUUGCAGACAUCCAAAUUACAAACUACUGUCAAACAGUGGGAGUUGUGUGAUAAGCAAGUGGAAGAACUGUUGGCUUGGUUGAGGGACAUGCAUAAUGUAAGUGGGAAAGUCCUGCCCACAUCUUAUGAGGACCUGGAAGCUGAACUCCACAGGUGUCAGGAUUUGCAGGUGUCCUGUUCAAUCUACGAGGACAAGUACCAGGUGCUAUUUGUCAAUGUAAAUCAGUUGAACCAUAUUGUCCAACCUGAGGAUGUCAGUCUCCUUCAGCAACGGAUGAAGCUUUGGCAUAAGCAAUGGACAGAACUGUGUGUACAACUGGAUGUACGCAUUCUGCAAGUAAAGAGAAAACUUGAAAUGUGGCCACAGUACAGCACAGAUGUCAAUAAAUUCUGCACUUGGUGUGAACAAAUGGAAGACAAAGUCCGUACCAUGAAUGGGCACAACAUAGAGACAAUGCUGGCAAAAUUUGAAGAGGAAUAUGAAUGUGAAUUAAAUGCAAAAGAACAAGAGAAAGACAGCCUAAUACACCAAGGAGAAGCACUUCAGAAGUGCAGCAGUGAAGUGCAUAGUUCAGAUAUUGCACUUCGAUCUCAACAAGUUGAGCAGAAGUGGCAGCACCUACAAGCCAUUGUCAGUAACAGGAAGCACAAACUUAAAGAGACGUUACAAGCAAUGCAACAGUUUGACCGUGACACUGAUAAUUUGAGAAAAUGGUUACAGCAAAUGGAGGAUAAACUAAAUGCACCUCUGGUCUACACUGAAUGUGAUUAUAAAGAAAUAGAGACACACCUGGAGCAUCAAAAGGAUAUGCAAAAGGAUAUCGAGCGUCAUAGUGCUGGUGUGUCUUCAGUUCUUAACCUCUGUGAGGUCCUUCUGCAUGAUUCAGAUGCUUGUCGUACUGAUAAGGAAUCGGCUGCAUUGAAUAAUACAAAGAAUACGUUGGAAAAACGUUGGCAAGUCAUUUGUAAACUGUCUACACAGAGAGAAGCAAGCAUUAAGGAAACUAGGAAGCAGUUGCAAUGUUUUAUGACUCUCUACAAUGACUUUUCUGCUUGGCUUGAUGAUACUGAGAAGGCUUUACAGAAAUAUGAUGAAUCCUCACCUGAAAGCAAGAACAGUCAACAUCGGUAUUAUCAGGAAAUACAGCGAAAGAUUUCUGAAAAGAUCAACCAGUUAGAAAACCUGAAAAAGCAGUAUGAAAUUUUGGUAAAGGGAGGCUUCACAGACAGCAAUGGUUCUUUGGAAAAAAAAGUUCAGGAAGCUAAUAACCGAUGGGAAGAAUUGUCCAGAAAAGUACAGAAUAUUACCAAAAUUACAAAAAAGAAUAUAGUAUCAUGGGAAGAGUAUCACAACUUACACAAAGUCCUCUGUGAUUGGCUGAAUGAUGUUGAUUCAAGGAUCAGAGAGUUUGAGAAGAGUGACAAUGUUCCUGGCAAAAGUGAAUGCUUAAAGAAAAUCCAAGAGCAGCAACAGAUAAAUUCCAGCAAAUUUAAGCGAUUUAAACAUGUGACUGAUCAGUUGUUGAAUGAGACAGGUGACACUCAGAAUAGCCGGCUCCAAAUUGAAGUGGAUGAAUUCUACGAUCUUCAUGAUUGGGUCAUUGGACGGCUCAAUAGCCUUCUACUUCCCGCAGACCAAUAUCCCGAGGACAUUAUCAUGGAAGAGGAAGAAAGUGAGGCUGUAAUACCCUGCUAUAUGAACUCAUGGACAACUUUUAACCGUGUAGCAAUGGAACCACUUCCUGAGGUGGAACAUGAUGACUAUGCAGAGAUUGAGACAUAUCUCAAAUCCUCACCCCCAGUCAGUCCUCCAAGCCAACGGCGAGACAGCAGUCGAUAUGCAGUGGGUAUUCCAUAUACAGUCAACAAAGAGGAGUGGUGGCUAAGAUUCAAAGAAGAACUUUCCAGUAACAGUAAAGAAGCCCUUGAUGCCUACAAUGAAGAAAUGUUAAAUGCUCUUGAAGAUUGUGCCCAUAAAUUAAUCAUUGCUGAAGAGGCUCUUAGAUGCCACACACCUGUUGGACCAGAACUUGACCAUCAAACCAGUAAUUAUAUUAAGAUUAUGGCUGAUUGUCAAGCAAGUGUGGAAAAUGUCCAGAGAGUUUAUACCAAAAUCAAAAAUGAACUUGGAUUAAUGACUAUUGUUACAGUGGAACAAGAAGUUUCAAAUGUGUCAAGCCGAUGGAAGCGUUUACGAAGCUGCAUUAUUGAAAAAGAUCUGAAACUGCAAAAUAAUCGUAAGGACUGGUCACAGUUCAAUACUGACCUAGACAAUAUCAACAAGUGGCUCAAAGCUAGAGAUAAUUGGCUCAAUUCCAUCAAUGUGUCUGAACUGAGCAUACCCCAAAUGGGAGGAAUCAUUAAAGAACUAAAGGACUUCCAGGAUGAACUGAAAUCAAAACAGACAAUUGUAGAAUCCUUGAAACUGACUGGUGGCAUCUUUUGUGAAGGACCCUUGGAGGAGAAUCAGCUCACUAAACGCCGACUGCAGAUGAUGCAUAUUAAGUGGGAGGAGUUGACUGCUAGAUGCGAGCAUCUAGUGGGUGAGCUGAGGAGGAAACUCUCAGAGUCUGAUUAUUUCCAUGAGGAAGUAGAACGUAUGCUCAUAUGGAUAAAUCAAAUGGAGGCCAAGGUGCAGGAACACCAGCCACACAACAUUGAUCAGCAUGAGAAUAAUGUCCAGUGGCAGUAUGACUCAUUGCAGUCACUGAAGAGCGAGAUUAAACAGCAGCAACCACACAUUUCUGCUCUAAAAGAAACUUCAAGACAUUUACACAAAGAUACCAUUUCUCCUGCUGUUGCUAAGUCCAAAGAUGAUAUUCACAUUAUAGCAGCAAGAGCACAUAGCCUGCUACAACAGAUUAUGACUUGCUUGAAUAUCUUAGAAUCAAGACUUGAUUUCAAGAAAACACUCAUUUCUCGAGAUGUGCCCAGGUCCAGUUCUUCUAGUUCUCCUCCCUGUUCUCCAGUUCCAAUGGCUGAUUCCAACACUAUCCUUAUUAAUGAUGAUAAUGUAGAUGAAGUUGAUGAGGACAGUUGGACAGUUACAGAUGGAGCUGGUUUUGAUCAGGAGGCCACAUCUGCAACAGAUUCUCAUCAGGCAUUAAUAACUCCAUUACUCCCUGAAGAUAGACAUGUUAUUACAAGUUCUGUGGAUUAUAAACCCAUGUCCUAUGAAAAAACGAGACUUAAACCAACAGAAGCAAAAGAUGACCAAUUUGAAACAGAUGACGAUGAACUUUUCCUUGAUACUGAAGAAAAAGUGGAAGCGAUACUGAAAGACGAUCUAGAAACAGAAAAACCCUGUGAAAUUUUAGAGGAUGAUGAAACAGAUGCAGCGGUUGCAGGCCCCUGCACCUGUUCAUCAUUCUGUCGGCGAGUCUUUUGGAUUGCAUUACCAAUACAAGGCCUUUUACUUCUACUAUUAGGAUUGGCAUCUCUCCUGCCCAUGACCGAAGACGACUACAGCUGUGCACUGACUAACAAUAUGCAACGCUCAUUCACAUCAGUGCUUCAUUAUGUCAAUGGACCACCGCCUGUCUAG